AUGGCCAUCAUUGCUAAGGCAGAGCUUGGCGAUCCUCGCCUGACGAACAUUGCAAAGGCCGACAAGAAGAAAUGGUAUCAUAAGCCCAAUCUGCGCAUCCUGUACCUCAUUCUGGUGCCGACAUGUCUUGGUGUUGAGUGGACGUCGGGCUUCGACUCCUCUAUGAUGAACAGUCUGCAGGCCGUAGAAUCGUGGGUGGAAUACUUUGGCAAUCCCAAUUCGUCGCGCCUUGGUCUACUGAAUGCAAUGUACUCCCUUGGUGCACUCAUGGCCAUCCCCUUCAUUCCCACUGUCUCCCAGUACCUCGGCCGCCGAUACACCAUUCUUCUGGCAUCCCUCAUCAUGUGUAUGGGAGCAGGUCUACAAGCUGGCUCUCGCAACUCCGACAUGUUCCUCGCAUCGCGAUGGGUUCUAGGAUUCGGCAUCCCCUUCGCCAUCGUAAAUGCCUCGUCCCUGAUCGGAGAGCUGAGCUACGCCAACGAGCGACCCAUCAUGACAUCUCUCUUCAACGCCUCAUGGUUCGUCGGCGCCAUCGUGGCUGCAGGCACCACUUACGGCACCUUCCAGAUGAAGAGCACCUGGGCCUGGCGUCUUCCCAGCCUGCUGCAGCUCGUCCCCAGCGCAUGCCAGCUCUCCUUCAUGUGGUGGUGCCCGGAGUCGCCGCGGUGGCUGAUCUCGCAGGACCGCGCCGACGAGGCGUUUGCCAUCUUGCAGAAGUACCACAGCGAGGGCGAGAACGGCGAGGAGUUUGUGCGCCUCGAGUUUGCGCAGAUCCAGAGCACGAUCGCGCAGGAGAAGGAGCUGGCGAGCCGGUUCGUGUGGGCGGACGUCGUGCGCGACCCGGCCAUGCGCCGGCGCUUCACGCUCGCUGCGAUCAUGGGCUUCUUCACGCAGUGGAGCGGCAACGGCCUGCUGUCGUUCUACAUGAAGAAGAUCCUGAAUCUGGUGGGCAUCCGCAACAACAAGACGGUCCAGAAGGUCAUCUUGAGCAACACGUGCUGGGGCCUCAUCAAUGCACUUCCCAUCGCGCUCAUCGCGCCACGAUUCCCUCGUCGUAAGAUGUUCCUUAUCUGCACGAUCGGCACGGCCUGCGUGUACACCGUCUGGACUAUUGCCUCAGCCAGGUUUGCCAUUGAGAAUUCGUCCCGCGCCGCCAUCCCAGUUCUCGUCUUCAUCUUCCUCUACUCACCAUUCUACAACAUCGGAUGGAACGCACUCGCGUACACCUACCUCGUAGAGCUGUUCCCCUUCCAGCAGCGAGCCAAGGGUAUCGCGGUAGAGCAGCUUACAGUACGCUUCGCCGUGUUCUUCAACACGUACGUCAACCCCAUCGCGCUCGACGCCAUCGGGUGGAAGUACUACAUCGUCUACUGCGUCUGGAUCCUGGUCGAGAUUGCGACUGUGUACUUCCUCUUCCCCGAGACGUACAAUCGCACGCUUGAAGAGCUCAGCUUCAUGUUUGAGGGUAAGACUGUGCAGGACAAGGUCCAGAACAACGUGGACAAGGUGCUAGAGCACAUCGAGAUCGAGCAGCUGCCGCACCAGGGACCGAGGGAUGUGGAGGAGGCCAAGUCUUAG